AUGCGUUUUGAGUUGCCAGUGGUCUCGUUCGUCUGCCUGGGGCUUCUGCUGCUCCUGUCGCCUGUGUUCCUCCACUCACGCAAUGUUGCGGUCAUCUCUCUCGCAAUUUGGCUUCUAACCACGAACCUCAUCCACGGGAUCGAUUCGAUACUGUGGGCAGGGAAUUUUGACGUGCGCAUUGCUCCAUGGUGCGACAUAGUUUCAAGAGUGUUUCUGGCCUCCCAGAUAGCGCUUCCCGGAUGCGCGCUUGCAUUCGCACGCAAUCUACGACGCUGCGCCAUCGGACAAGAGAUCGCACAGAAAGCCUACACUCUCAUGCAAGACCUUACAUUCUGCCUAAUCAUUCCCGUCUUUUACGUCGUCCUUCACGUCAUUGUCCAGCCACAUCGUUUCGACAUCGUUCAAGACUUUGGUUGCUCGGUCUCUAUCCAUACUUCGUCCCUCGCCGUAAUUCUAAUCUGGCUUCCCCCUCUCAUCAUCUGUAUCGCUACCUUCGUCUAUGCCUUCCUCGCCAUCCGCGGCCGCCUGGACAGUGGCCUCGUCUUCUUCUCCCAUAUGCAUGACUCUCCUCGCCUUGCUAUCGACAUCCUCGCCUUCGCCCGGCCCCUUCUCACAUCGGUCUUCAUCGCCGUUGCUUCCCUCGUCACGACCGCCCUGUCGUUAUACGGACACGUCUCCGACGUCGGUGGGAUCAAGCCCAAUGUCACGGAUACCUGGAUGGCGGUGCACGCACAGAUGACGAUCCCCUUCAUCGCGGAGUGGUGGCUCACCCCCGCUUGCACCAUCGUGCUCGUCGCGAUGACCGUGCUCGGGAUGGUCUGCCGCGCGUCCUCGCAGCGCUCUUCGCAGGGCUCCCGCGUGCUCUCGCACUACUUCCACUCUGCCAUCUUCGGACGCCCGAGCUCUACCUCGGCCUGCGAAGGCGAGAGUGAAAAUAGCAGUGGGAAGGGCUUCCGCUCUCUUGGGGAGACCUUCAGUAGCGCGCCGUCGUCCCCGUCCCCGACGCUCAUCGGCGACCGCGACGCGCCAUACAAGCCGAUGCCGCUCUCGUUUGCGCUCGCCGGGCAGGAGCCCGUGGUACCCGUGAAGGCGAAGAUCAAGCUCGCGCGGCUCGCGAUUCCGGAGAUCCCCCAGACACAGUCAUCGCAAGGCGCGAGGGUGCCAUCUACGUAUGGACUCUCGGACGACCCGUUCGUGCAGUCCACACAGGCGUACCUCGAGUCUCCCACUGGCCGUGAAGCUCUGGGGCUGGGUGUCGUAACCAUGCCCCUGGUGUCACCCUUCCCCCCACCUCCCCGUUCUUUGGUGCGCCGUGAUGCCUCUCCGCCGAAGCGCACGGUGUCGCCAUCUAUGCGCGUCGCGUCUCCACCUUCACAUAUGCGGUCGCCGACCCUACCCUCAUCGUCCUCGUCUCUCGCGCGCUCGGUCUCAAGUUCGCCCAGCCGCGGAGUCGUGCUACUUCGGUUCGCAGUCCCCCAGCAGUCCCUGCCCCCACUAGUCCCUGUCUCUCCACGUACCCAUCUCCGAACUUCUCGUGUCCCCGCGCGCUCCAACGCCCUCUGCCGCUCCCAUUACCAUCAUCCCACCAUCGCCGUCGCUGUCCCCGGAAACAGCGCCCAUGUCGUCGCGCCGCCGAGCGUAUCGUCGAUUACGACAAGCCUCGCGUCGUCGACGAUCAGCAUGGGCGCGUACUAUGACGACGUGCACGCCGCGCCAUUCCAGGACCAUGCGGACGCGGACGCGGACAGCAUCGUUGCCGGGCGCCCUCGCUCUGGACCAGGGCUGGCGCGGGACGCGCUGCUGGCAAGGACGGCGUCGCGUCGGGUGAAGAACGCGUCGGGGAGCUUCGCGGGAGGCAUUUACAUGACGGUUGUGAAGGAGACCGAGACGGUAUGA